CCUCGCUUGUGGACCCCGCUAACGCGAAGUGGGGUCACUAGUACUUGCGACAUAUUUAUGUUUUGGAGCGGAGCUACGAUCUCAUGUCACCUACGCAUAUCAUAUAGUCGGGUAAACACAGCAAGUCCACCAGGCGCUCUGGUACCAACCAUCAUCUCGUCUACUCAACCGGUCACACGGUGUUCCACAGAACAUGAGUAAUCCUGCUAUGCCAGAAGGGUCACCUCACAACGCUCCCGCUGCUCCAGGCCAGAGAAGGUCCAGGCCUUCAUCCAACCCUACGGGGCGCGCACACAGCACUGCACCCCUAGCAAAUACCAUCAACUCACACAUCACGCAGUUCCCUGCCCUGAAUGGGAUACGUCCAGUCCCUCCGGCUUCGAAUCCCGCGAGCCAACCACAAUCCAAUCUAUCUGAUAUAUCACCUAAUUCCAUGUCUUCAGACCUCGUUGAAUCUAUGUCAGCAUUGUCUGUGUCAGCAUCGGAGGACCUAGACCCAUUCGCGUUUCGUUCAGUCCCUCCGGCUUCGAAUCUCGCGAGCCAACCACAACCCAAUCUAUCUGAUCUGCCACCUAAUUUCAUGUCUUCAGACUUCAUUCAAUCUAUGUCAGCAUUAGAGGACUUAGACCCAUCCAUGUUUCGGACAGACUUUGAGGAAGACUUCCGCGAAUGGUUCGAUCCAACCAGUGUGGAUGCUAUUACUCCAGGCCGGAGAGGGCCUUCAUCCAACCAUACGGGGAGUGCACACGGCACUGCAACCCCGACUCCAAAUACCAUCAACUCUAGCAUCACACAGUCCCCUGCUCUGAACGGGAUACGUUCAGUCUCUCCGGCUUCGAAUCCCGCGAGCCAACCACAACCCAAUCUAUCUAAUUUCAUGUCUUCAGACUUCAUUCAAGCUAUGGCAGCAUUGGAGGACCUAGACCCAUCCAUGUUUCGGACAGAUUUUGAGCGAGACUUCCGUGAAUGGUUCGAUCCAACCGGUGUGGAUCUCAGCACCCAAACACGCUACAAUGAAGGGGUCGCAAACACGGCAGGAUGGGCAUCCCAUCAGCUCUCGGAGGUCGUGGUUCCAGAAGCCGAUAGCCCAUCAUCUAUCAUUCGAACAAGGGCCAGGUGA